AUGAAUUCUAACUACAACUUGCACCCAGUCACAUACUUAAAUGCCACCACCGAGAAGGCACCGGGCGAGUUCGACUUCGACAUCGAUGCUGUUUCCGAUGCAGUGUCUUCGAACUCCCCUGCCACCCACUCGGAGAACUCGCCUCUGGCCUCAUUCUCGUCUCAGUCCUCGGCAAACUCGCCCCUCCAGAGGGAGGCCACCAUGAAGCUCAUGACUCCUGCUUCGGACUUUUUGGGCAACCCAGUUAAGCAAAUCGUUCCUCAAUACCCAUCCUUGCUCACAGACACUACUCUCAACUCGGUUUCCGUCCUGCCAACAGCAGAGACCGAGAAGAAGCCAAAGAAGACAUACAAGAAGAUCAAGGAGUCCGACUUGAAGGGCCCCUUUAAAUGUUCUUGGGGCGACUGCUCCAUUGUCUUCGAGACACCAGAGGUGUUGUACGACCACUUGUGUGAUGACCAUGUAGGCAGAAAGUCUAGCAACAACUUGUCUUUGGUCUGUUGCUGGGACAACUGUGGUACUCGCACAGUCAAGAGAGACCAUAUCACCUCCCAUUUGAGAGUCCAUGUUCCUUUGAAGCCAUUCCACUGUGACUUGUGUCCAAAGAGUUUCAAGAGACCCCAGGACUUGAAGAAGCACUCUAAAGUCCACGAAGACACUCAUCAAAAGAGCUUGAAGAAGGCUCAGAAGAAAAUCAAGCAAGAAGAUGAACAUAGAUUUCCAGCUUACUCGCUUUACCCUGGCCAUCCAACUCAAGACAUCCAAUAUCCAACUCUUGGCAACGAGAUGACCCACCGCUCUGAGCUUUUCGAUUCCAGCUCUGUCCUCCACCCUAGCGCUGGCAAUGACUCCAAGAAAAGAGGCAUGGAUAGCUUUGGUCAAUCCAACAUGCACGUUGUGAACGGAAUUUUGAGUGACUUCAACUUCUAUGGCAUGCAACAGGAUUCUUCCAAGAGAGUCAAGAUGGAGCCUCUGUACAACAUGGACAUGUACAACCGUCUAGUUAAUGUUGAGGAGAAUUUGGGAAGUGCUAAUCCUGCUCCUCAAUUCCCAAUUUUUGGUUCUCAAGUUCCUGUGAACAACUACGGUAGCGCUCCGGGCUACCAAAUCUCGCACAGCUUUAACCAAAGCAACAUCAGUGAGGCCGAAAAGUUCUUCAACAAUUUGUCCGCUUCCGUUGACAUGCAAUACCAGACUUUGAGCGGUCCUCAGCAAGCACACCCUGCCCAACCUCUCAACCAGUCUUACUCGUACAGCCAACAACCAAUGUACCCAGUCUUGCCUCAAUUCCUGGCUAGACCUGCUGAGAGCCAAGACCAUUUUGUCAACAACCACAACUCGGGCUUUACUUCAAGUUACCCUCAAGUGAACAGACAAUUGGGUGCGAUGUACCCUGGAAACGGCUUCCCACUCUCAUCAGACUUCAGUGGCAUCAGCAGCUCCCAAAAGUCUGGCAAGAAGCUCGGAGCUGAAGAAGCCAAGGAACCAGAGACAGAGAAGAAGCAAUCCACCGAAGACGAUGUUGUUGCUGCUUUGGGUUCUUUGUCUUUGGACAACAAGAAGCAAUAUGACAUUGAGACAGUCAAGAAGCAUCGUGAUAUGUUGAAGAUGGUUUGUGAGUACUUGAGCAAUGUCUCUAAGGAAUUGAAGGAACAGAAAUCUGAUACAGCAAAUGCCGAGGAUAUUCAAAAUCAAAAAGAAGAGAAAGAGUCCUUGUACCCUACGAUAGCUGCUUUCUAA